UGAUGUCUGUUGAUAUAGUCUAAUACAUGAUUUUGUGUUAUACUGAGGUCUACCGUCUGUUGAUGUAGUCUAACAACACAUGAUUUUGUAUUACCCUGGGAUCUCAAAUUGUACUUUGAAGCUGAGUUUCUUUUGUUAAUGUGUGCUGCCAUCUUUGUCUUUGAUAAAUAAGAAGAGCAGCUUUGUCUGUUUUGGCUGUAUAUAAGUCAUUUGCUUGUUUAGUUUGCAUUCAUUUUUGUGACUUUUGGGAAAUUUAGGGUCUAUUACUCUUAACUGCUUGAUUGCAAGUGAUGUUGAGUGAGUCAUACAUCCUGGUGUGAAUCCCAUUAUAAACACUCUUAGUCUCAUUGUCAUGUAAUAACUUAUUGCUAGAUUGUCCACCCAUUUGUUAAUGACCUUUGAACUUAAUUUAAUGAAGUAUAUUGUUGCUUUAUCAAGUGUUAUAAUAAUAAUUAAUCCUAAGUGUCAAUAGCUAGUUGUUGGUGCCUUGCUUCCUGGUCAUGUUUUGGUGACAUUGUAUCACCAUAGUGUACUGAGUUACAAACUAAAUGGGAGAAGCAUCACUAAGGUCAAGGGUUUUCUGGACUAUUUUACUGGAUACCAGGCUCUCACAGUUGAUAGACUUAAUAAAAAAAAUCUCUACACCUCACAGCUAAUUGACUUAAUAGAAAUACUCUACAGCAGGCUGUCACAGCUGAUAGACUUAUAAUACAAAUAUUGGUUUUAGUCAUUACACUCAGUAAAUAAUUGAUUAGCUGGGAUUGGAAAACAAAUAGUUUUGACAUUCACCUGGCAUCAGUUUGUCAAGUGUUUGAUCUAUGAGACAUGCUGCAUUGGAUGGCUAUUGACUUUGGCCAUUAGACUAGUAUCUAGGCACAAUGUUUUAAUGAGAUGUUCACUUGUGUUGAUGAGGACUUGAUAAACUGUGGAACUUUUCUUGUACUAAUGAUGGACAAUGAUCACUACAGAGGUGACAGUGAAGUAGAGGCAGACAGUGACCAUGAAGAUGGUGGAUAUCACUUUCAUACGGAUUUGGACUCUCAUGACACUGGCACAGUGCGAAGGCGUGCAAAAACAAUUGUUACUCCCAAGAUGGCAAUGGAGAGUUUUCGCCUUUCUUUUUUAAAUGACGACCAAGAUGUGAAUUUUGAUGCCAUCUUGGGUGAGCUGUAUGAAUUGGAGUCCCAGUUAAGUAACACACAGAGUGAGCUAUCCAGGUCAUUAGGUACUCAUCUUCCUCCACCUGCCCCAUUUCAAGAUGGUAAAGAAUGCAGUGAGGCUCAUGGACAACACCAGACAGCACACAUUUCUGAACAGGAAGAAUUGGAUCUGCUGGCCGCAGAGAUCACUAGAGGACUUCACUAUCACAAGACUAAUGGACACCAUCACCCCCAUCACCACCAUCAUCACCAUCAUCAACAUCACCAUCAGGUGGACUCAUUAUGUGAUACUCUAGACACUGACUCUGCAUUCUCUGACAAUGCUUCUCUGCCCUCUUCUGAGUCCUUCACCUCCAUGGCGACUGUGUCUUCUUCUGCAGACACAACUUCAUCCUCUUCUGGGGACACUUGCAGUAUGACCAGUGCCAUCUGUGCUGUCAAUCAUGCAGAGGAGGAACAAAUAGCUCGUUUGAAAGCUGAAAAAAUUCGUAUAGCCUUGGAAAAGAUUAGGGAGGCAAAGAUUAGAAAGUUGUUUGUUAGAGCCUUUGCUAAAGAUGGCAGCAGUAAAAGUAUUUUAGUGGAUGAAAAGAUGAGUGUAGCCCAGGUGUGCAGUCAAUUAGCAGACAAGAAUCAUAUACGAUUGAACCACAAGAUGUCUGUUGUAGAGCACAUGCCUGAGUUACUCAUGGAACGUAUUUUAGAAGAUCACGACUCACUAGUGGAGAACAUGGUCAUGUGGACAAGAGACUCCAAAAAUAAAGUUGUAUUUGAGGAAAGAAUGGACAAGUAUGAUCUCUUUAGAAACCCUGAGAAAUAUUUACUGGGCUGUACAUCCAGCAAACCAAGUUCUCUGGUACCCGCACAAAAAGAUAAACUGAUUCAGGAAUUUUUCUCUCCUGACAGUGUGUGUGUUCCUUCAAUGGAAGGACUUCUCUUUCUCAAGUCUGAUGGGAAAAAAGCUUGGAAAAAAUUCUUCUUUGUUUUAAGAGCCUCUGGUUUAUAUUACAAUCCUAAAGGAAAAACUAGUAAAAAUCCUAAAGAUCUGCUGUGUCUGGUACAGUUUGACUAUGUUGAAGUGUAUAGAGGACUAGGAUGGAAAAAAAAGUAUCAUGCACCAACAGAUUUUUGUUUUGCAUUAAAGCACCCUCAGAUACAGAAGAAAACCUCCAAGUACAUACGUUAUUUUUGUGCUGAGUCAGAGACAACUUUAGAUCAGUGGGUAAUGGGAGUCAGGAUAGUUAAGCUUGGUAAGCAAAUGCUUCAUAACUAUGAAAGAUUGACUCAUGAGAUCUCCAUGUGGGAUUUAAGGGAGCCUGAGGCGUCUGGUAGCACAGUUGAUGAAGCCACAUGUCAAAUGUUAAACCAUGAUGACCUGAAUGACAGCCGUAUGUCUGUACCUGAGCCAGGCUCCAGGCACUCGGUCAUUCAGGUCCACAACAACAACAGCAGCAGCACUUGUGACACCAGAGAUGUCAUGAACAUUGAAGUGUUGGCUAUUCCUCCAAGGAAAGCCUCUGAGUCAGGAAGUGGAGGGGGAUCUGAUGGAAGGUCUCUCAAUGGAUCCAUUUUGUCUGAUUCGUCUCAUAAAACCCCAGUCAAGCGUGUCUCAUUUAGUGCAACUCACAGUAUUAUUACUGGUGAACAUGUUGAAGUGAAACAUCGGGAUUCAAUUAUUAGUGCAUCAACAGAUUCCAGUGAAGAUUCCAAUUCAAGCGGGGAAAUUAGACCAGGCUCAAGUUUCAGAGGUAAACUAAGACCAAGGUUACCUGUCACCACAGAGACUACUAGACAGCUGGCAGAUAUGUGCAACGUGUCAAUGGAUGAGAAUGAUGAAGCUGUUUAUGCCGAGUCUCAGCACAGGGGCACAUCCUCAGCGUUUGCCAGGUCUGAGCGACGACGUUCUUCUAUGCAUGAGAGGCGUGGCUCAUCUGGUUCCACUGGCUCAGACGGUCAAAAAGUUGCUUACACAAAACAUUCCCAUCUGUCAUCUUCCCUUAAGCAGCAAUCACAGGAAGUGUAUGGUGCAGUCAGUUGCCCUGCUCCAUUGGAGAUUCGUUAUCAGCACUCCCCAGUGGACAGUCCAUACCAGGGGAGCAUCAGGAGGAAAAGUGAGCCUACUGUGGUGCCAGAAGAGUCACCUGGCUCUCCCUACCCCAUGUUGUACUCACCAGUCAGAGAAGAACAAGAUUGUGAACUGAGCUGUGAUCAAGAACAAGUUGAGCCAUUCUAUAAUCAAAUCCGAAACCCUCCAGCCAAUAGAGUGUCUAUCCCUCCACCUGCACAAUUUCGGGAAGAGGAAGUGGCUCACUUAUCUUCAUCCUAUCAACCCAGCCAUGAUGUAUUCACUUCUAUGCAAACUCCAUUGGUACACACUGGUGAGGUCAGGACAAGCAGUCAUUCAUCUCAUGAUCCUGCUCAGGCCAAGAGUUUACCACCCGCCACACUCCCAAAACCACAGAGUAAUGCGCUUACGUCAACUCCACCAGCCUCCAGCAGGUCAUUCAAUGACUCCCCAAGCAUCCAGCUAACCACCAAGCUACCACCGCCAACUCUGCCCAAAACAUCACAGACCAAGUCAGCCAUGAAUAGCAAACUACCCCCUCCUUGUGUAGAGCCAGGAAAUAAUGAACUCCAGGUUACUCCAAUAAGUGAGGACAGAGCAACAUGUCCAUCCCAGUCUCCAUCUUUACCAUUUCUGUCUGAACUGUCCAAGAAAACCUCUUCAGAACCAGGAGGAGACAGCUCUAACAACAGCUCAACACAUAGAAGAUGUGCAUCAGCCAGUGGCCCCCUUGGUAGGGGAGAUAAGAAAGUUGCCCCACCACCGCCUCCCAAAAGAAGUGAAUCCACAAGAUUAUCAGUUGAAGUAUCCAAAGUCCAACAGCCACUUGAAGAAACUGUUCAAAAUGGAGUUUUGGUUCAUGAGCCUAUUUAUGAAAACUUUGAUGGUAUACUUGACAUUGACGAGUUACCCCCACCACCCCCAGAACUGCUCAUGGAUCUUCCUCAACCGGACUGCCCAGCUAAUAGUGGCUCUAUCAAAAAAUGUAAACCUCCCCCACCACCACCAAAAAGAUCAAAAGAUACUCAGCUAUCUGGUCAUUGAAAUAUGACUCUAGUAGUCUACUGCUCUUCUAAACUCUCUGUGUUAGCUUAAAACAUUCAUGUGUUCUAUGAUGAUCUUAGUAUGAGAUGUUCAAAACUAAGGGAAUGGAAGAACUGCAAGUCACCAGGAUGUCUUUCUGUUUACCAGUUAGGUUGUUAAAAUCAGACAUUAUUAUGUUGUAGUCCAAAUCUAUAAAAACAACAACGUAAUAUGUUCUCAAACAAACAAGCAGCUGUGUGGUAAUAUACUUGGUUCAACAAAUGGGGCUCCUGACACUGAACACGUAUUUACAUUUAAUGAUUUUAUUAGAGACAUACACAUAAUUAACUUAGGUCCUUCAAUUUAAUGAUUAAGACCUACACAUAAGUAAGUCCUUGGAAACUAAUCCUACUAAAAGACUACCAACGUUAUCUGUACAAGAUACAAUCACUGUGUAUGUUUGAAUUAAUUUAUUUGUUCAUUUCUUUUGCAUUGAAAGAUAAAAUGUUUAGAGAAUGUUUUUGUUUUUUCUCUCUGUUCUUCUAUUUAUCAUCUGGAUGAUGUGAUUCUGUUGUGAGUACAACAUGUGCCAAUCGUUCUUUUACUUUGUUUAUUUGACAUUCAUAUGGUAUGUGUGUGUGUCUAUGAAAUCCCAGCAGUACUUGUUGUUAUGAGUUGUGCAAUAAUUCAGAUGUCAUUUGUUGAGGAAAACUUUGAUUUAUGCAAACCUUUCAUGAAUCCCUCUAUGAUUUCUUCUCAUUUGAUUGUGCAUAGUCUGAACUCCAGUGUCAUUGUAUAGUAGUUUAUACUAGAGUGGUCAGUUAGUCACUCUGGAGCCUGCAUGUUGAUUUUGUUUCUAGCAUCACACUUGAGCCACAUAAUAAUUUAUAGUUCUAGUACCAUGUUUUAGACUAAAGCUGUUAGAGAUCCAACAAAUAUUUCAGUUUUUGUUUUCUUCAAAUUUUGAGGCUUUUUAAGUAGAAAUUUAAAAAAAAAAUCUAGUUAUUGUAUAGAGUAUGAUAAACAUUUUGUUUAGUUUUUGUCUGCCUUUGCUGUUCUCAUGAUUACUUGACUAAAUGUCACAUAAUAUAGUCUAGUUCAAGUCUAAUUUAUCUUACACAAACUCGCUAUCUUAAUCAAAGUCAGAUGUGGUUAUCAUCUGCAUUCAAUCAAAAUAGAGUUGUGUUCAUUGAAUCAAAAUUCGGGGGGAAAAAAAAUCAGAUUUCUUUUCAAAUUAGAAAAUGAAAAGUGCAAGGAUUAAAAACUGCAAUCUACAAACUAUUUAGAAAUUACAUCAAUCUAAAAUUGAUUUAAAUACUGUAUCCGUCUAUUAGUACAUGGAUCAGUGUAAGCAGUAACUGCACUAGCAUGGGUUUAAGAUUUUGAAAGACUUAAAAUCAAGUGCACAUUUUUCAUCAUAUUGUAUUUUCACUGUGUUUGUAGUCUUGAAACCUUUUGAGUCAGUUGUUAUGGCAGAUAGUAAAGGCCCAUAGUUCAUAAUGCUAUUAGGGGUGACAUGUUUUAUAGAAGCAUCAAUAGCCAUAUUGCUUGUGCAAUGUAAUUAGGUGGUGGGACACUGAGUGGGUUGUGUUCUAUUUAGAGAAAUAAAUGUUCCAUUGCUAUUGUCAUGUAUCUGAAAUUGAAUGGAACUUAUUCUUGUGCACAUUUGUCAGAAAAGUCUUCAAAAAAAAUAAAAAAAUUGCAGCUUUAGUUGAAAACAUAUUUAGUUGUAUUCUGGUACUAAGAGCUACUACAGUUUGACAAAGAUGUUCUCAUUGAUUUAGAAUUAUUGAGUACACAAGUGUGGGGCAACAUUAAAACUUGUUGAUCAACUAUUUUACUUAGCAUCUAUGGCUAUCUCUCAAUUUUGAAGUGUUAUUUUUCCAUAGGUAGACAUCAAUCUCUAGUCAUUUCAUUUCUUACUCUGGUGCUAUUAUAUUAUGUUUUAUAAGUCAAAGUUAUGUCAACUUUUUAUACACAAAGGUCAAACUUUUUAUUUAUCUUGUAAAUAUUUUUUAUUGAUACACAUUUUUCUGACAUUAUGUUUGUUUGCUUUUAUAAAACAAAAAAACUUCUGACAAGCUAAUCAUAAAAUUGAUUAUGCGCAUUAUUUAGUUAUGCUAAAAAAAUAAAACAAAUUCACUUUUAUUCUAAAUAGGUACAUCAAGUGAACAUCUGAAGUGAGGAUGUAGCUAAUUGUUUUGAAAACCAAAGGAUAGAUGUACAAUGUGUUAUUAUAUUCUGUACAGAUAGAGUUAACAUGAAGUGUUCUGAGAACAAAACCAUUUAUAUAAAAUGUUUUUUUUUUUAUUUGAUAUUUUAUAAAGAUACAGGUUUUCCUGAACUCCUUCAAACACAAAGCAAUGGAAGUAGUAUAUAGUCAAGUCUGAUUCUUUGAUUUGGUCAGAAGUUUGUUGACAAUUUGUUUUAAAUUUAAUUUUUCUUUUUCAUCUUUUCUAUACAAGUGUUUACUAACAUAAUUGUGUCAUGACAUCAUUUUUGUGUAUGGGUAUGUCACCUGCAUUGAUUGUGAUUGUUACAUAGUCUUUGCUAGCAUAAUGUCCCUUUGCUUUCUGCUGUUAAUUCACAUAUGAGUGACUUAUUGCAUUAGCUUGGAUUAGUUUUGUGAUCUUAAACACUAGAUGUAAUGCAUACACAUGGGUGUAGUAGUGAUAAGCUGUACUAGACUGCCAAACCAAGCACAUACAAGCUUGUUGGAAUAGGCUUUUCAAACCAACAAUUGGAGUCUCAAACAGUUCUAGGGUGUAAUGCUAGCCAAUGAAAAGUGUGAGGUCUGGGCUUGGUAGUCAUGAAUCAUCAUGAAGUAUAGAAUAGAGCAAGUGACAGCUCGUUUCUUGACAGUUUUUUUCUACUUCAUAAAUUUGGCAGCUUCCUGGAAAGUUGAAACAAAAUUUAUUUCCCCUACUUAAAUGAAGUGGUUUAAGGAGAAACAUCAUAUACUGUUUGACCCCAAGUAUUUCUAACACUAUUUUUCUACAAUGCAUUCACCUGUUUGUAUUGUAUGAAAAAGCUAUAUGAAAUACAUAUCUAUAUAUAUUAUAUUGUAAUAGAUAGACUUAAUGAAACUACAUAUCUCUGGUAUCAUACUCCAUUUGAGUAGACUUCACUUUUUGUCUGCUAAAUCAUUGACUCCAUCUCUUGCCAAAAAUAGUUUCUCAUCCUAUUUGAACAUUUUCAUUGGAACCACAAUGUGUACAUUUGUUUGUGUGUUUCUGGUCAAUCCACGAGUGCAAUAUUCACAUGACAUCAUUUCAAGUAGACUGACUAGCACAAGUGAAGAGGCGUGUAUGAGACAAACAGCAUGUGUUCAAAUUCUUCCAUCUACCAUCUUUUACUUCAAGAACCAAGACAAACUUGUUCUAUUAUUGUAGUAGACCUAAUGUUGACUUUUAUUUUCUAAACUCUUUCAACAAUUGUACAUUUAGGUUUCUGUCUGUAUUACCUGCAGUUGUAUUUCGCUAAUAGAUCUGACAUCAACAAUUGUGAGGGUCUUUGACUCCUAGCGUCUUCUUGUAAAGAUAAUUAAUGUAGGUCAAGUUAAUGAGGUAACUAAGUCUUUAUUAAAGAAUUAGUAGCAUAAUUUUUUUUUUAUCUCUUUACAAUAUUUGUGAAAGAUUUAUUUCUAUUUUAAGCAUUUUUUUUUUUAAAAACCUAUUGUUCUAUAUAUUUUGAAUUAAAAGCAUUACUAAACAAACUAUAAA